CCUGACUAUUUUGCAGGCUAACUGAGCAGCCAGCAGACUGCUUCACCUUCACCAAACCAAUUUCGUUGGACUGCACUCGCCCAUCGCGUCUCAGUUGAAUCUGUGUUCUCGACUCAAUAACUUUCUUCGCAUCCUCCUCUCUGUCCAUAAAAAAAGCAACAGUUUCCUCCAUUUCCUUCGUCAUUUCUCUCCCCCGUUGGCUCAGGAUCCGUCGAACCUCUCCUAGAUCCGUCUCUUUGCGACCUCGUUUCCGACGUCCACACCCUUCAAACUGCACUCGUAAUUGGAAAACCACAGUUGAUUCACUACUUUGUGCAAACGAUUAGCGUAAGGACGACAUGACCAAGGGUCAAUAAUUCCUACUUGUGCUAUAAUGUCAACUUGUGAAGCGUCUGAAGUAACAAACUCAAACGGUCACGGUAAGAAGCCAAGUCCAAUUACUGUCGAUCCCAUUUCCCUUAAGAAACAAAGGUCUGCUGCGGCUGGUGGUAAAAUGCGAGACUUUGUGAUUAAUGGACACAAUGGGUCAACCGAGUCGGAGUCGCCCAAGACGCCCAAGACACCACGGACCUCAACCACUCCAGGUCAUGAGAAUUGCAGCUUUCACCAUGACAUGGAACUGGACCAUAAACCACCAACUCGAGAAGACUUGAUUCCAAACAUGUCCAGCGCCUAUAAGGAGUUAAUUGCGAGUCUUGGAGAGGAUCCUGAGCGACAAGGGCUGCUGAAGACACCAGAGAGGGCAGCGAAAGCCAUGCUCUUCUUUACGAAGGGAUAUGACCAAACUAUUGAAGAGGUGCUGAAUGAUGCUGUUUUUGAUGAGGACACAGAUGAGAUGGUCAUUGUGAAAGAUAUCGAGAUGUUCUCAAUGUGCGAACAUCAUCUUGUCCCGUUCUACGGAAAGGUAUCGAUUGGAUACUUGCCGAACAGAAAGGUUUUGGGGCUUAGCAAACUUGCUCGAAUCGUGGAAGUUUUCAGCAGACGGCUUCAAGUUCAAGAGAGGUUGACAAAGCAAAUUGCGGAAGCUGUGCUGAAAGCAAUUGAACCACGAGGCGUUGCCGUUGUCUGCGAAGGAGUGCACAUGUGCAUGGUCAUGCGAGGCGUGCAGAAGAUCAACAGCAAGACCGUCACCAGCUCUAUGCUUGGAGAAUUUCGUGAAAAUUCAAAGACGAGAGAAGAGUUCUUAUCGUUCUGCAGUGGACACAAGUAAAAAUAAUGAAAACAAAAUGAAACUUUUGGGACCAAUUCCAAUAUCACUACCUGAUGACAAUUAUACAUAGUGUACACUAUGUGGACAUUCUCGUAGACAUUUGAGAUUUAUUUGUAGUUCAUUUCAUGUAACAUUUGCAUCGAUUAAUUUUACAUUGAUUAAAAGAAUGCAGGAGAAAGUUUUUAAUAAUUAAUUAAAAAUUAUCUAAUUAAUGCCAAAUGUUGGAGAGUAAAGUAAAGUUUGAUGUGCAUAGAUAUGGCCGACACGAUAUUCCGUUUGAAGAUGACGAACCGAAUACGUGCACUAAAUAAUAAUUAAUUAAUAUUACAAAGUUAAAGAGGAGUUGAAUUUGGGUAUUAAUAAUGCUCGAAGAAAUUGAGUGAUGAUGCAGGCGUGAUAUGUUAAUGAAGGGACCAAUGUAAGUAAAGAAACUUUACUAGAAUGUAAUUUUAGUCUCAUGUACAUACAUACGUAAAUAUCCCCACACUGUAUAAUGUUGAAAAUUAAUGAAAAUUUAGCCAUGUAUUUUUGGUGAAAUUUCCCAAGUCUUUAUUUUAACAUAUUGACCAAGAUUUCUGCACUUGGGGUUACUUUGGAUUAAGUUGACGCUAAUGCAAAUAUUAAUUCACGCGUAGUAGUGAAAUUAACCCCACGCAACCAAGUGCAAGAACCUUUAAAAAAUGCUUGGGUAGUAAUCGUAAUGGUUAAAUUUUUCAAAAGGAUUGGAGUUUUAAAUAAGGAAUGAAACGUAAACGAUUGCACAGAUUCAAGGAUAGUUAACCAAGCUUUGGAAUAAUUAGCUAAUUAGAAUAGCGUUAAUAUUGAGGAAAAAGUUAAUGAUACGAAACCUGAACUUCUGUACCUCGUGUGAAUGUGAAUGUGUGUCACUUCAUUAAAGCUAGACAAGAAACUCAUAAUCAAUUUUAUUUAUUUUUUAGCACAUUACGAAAUGUUUUUUAAAAAUAUUUUCAGCUCGCAAUUCGAGCCUCGAAUUAGAUUAUGCAUUCAAUAAAUUUGAAUUGUGCCAGCAAGCAUUCUGGAGCUUUGUAUUUUAUGAAAUAUAUAUUUGUCCAAAAUAUUAGGAGAGCCCAAUAAGCAAGUCCGACUAAAUACAUAUAAAUGCACAUAUGUACUUACGUAUUAACUACUAAUUGUAAGUAAGCGAAACGAAGUUGUUGCACUAAUUGAGCUGCAAUGAGUAGUUAAGAAAUUGACUGUAGUAAAAAGAAGGGACCAAGAGGAUGUAAGUGUAGUAUCCUAGUUGCAAUUAGUCGGCUUGAAACAUGGUAAAAAAUGUAUAAAAAUUUUAGUGGCGUAGAAAAUAAAUACAUGCAUUAUUCCCGUA